CUCUACACAUCUCCUUUAACUUCGCGAAGAUGCCUCUAGAUGGAGUCAAGAAUAUUGUGCUGGUUUUAUCCGGCAAAGGAGGCGUUGGAAAAUCCUCCGUUACCCUCCAACUCGCGCUCGCGCUUUCGUUACAAGGCAAAUCUGUCGGCAUCCUCGACAUCGACCUAACAGGCCCCUCAAUCCCACGACUCGUCGGCCUCGAAGAGGCAAAAAUCACUCAAUCACCUAAUGGCUGGCUACCCGUUCCAGUCCACGAUGCUGUUGCGACACAAACAGACGCCUCAUCGCCCAAACCCCGCGGCUCCCUCCGCUGCAUGUCCCUCGGUUUCCUCCUCCGAGACCGCGGCGACGCCGUCAUCUGGCGCGGACCGAAGAAAACCGCCAUGAUCCGCCAGUUCUUGUCAGACGUAUCAUGGGGUUCAACAGAUUACCUCCUCAUCGAUACCCCGCCGGGUACGAGUGACGAACAUAUCGCGCUGGCAGAGCAACUCCUCACUCUAUCUACGACGGACGCUGUCGCCGCCGCGCGGUCGAGUUUACCUCGUUUAACGGGUGCAGUGCUAGUUACGACACCGCAGGCGGUCGCUACGUCGGACGUGCGCAAGGAAGCCAAUUUCUGCGUUAAGACUAGUAUUCCAAUUCUUGGGGUUAUUGAAAAUAUGUCCGGGUAUGCUUGUCCGUGCUGUGGCGAGGUGAGCAAUUUGUUCUCUAGUGGUGGUGGAGAAGUCAUGGCGCAGCAAUUGAGUAUUCCGUUUUUGGGGCGGGUGCCUGUUGAUGUUAAGUUUGGGGAGCUUGUGGAGGGGAAGGUCGAAGUUGAUAGUGAUGACGAGGAUGAGGAGGAGAUUGGGAAACAGGAUGAAGCCCCGGUUGAGCCUGACACGAGGCCUCUGGUGGAGAGAUACCAGGAGGGCUGGUCGUAUCCUCGGUUCGAGGAGUUUGCGCAGACGAUUAUUGGGAAUGUGCAGGCUACGGCUGGGACUUCGUAG